AUGGCUGCAUUUGCUGAUGAAUCAAACGGUCACUCUCCAGCCCUGGCCGACCCCAAGCUGAAAGGAAAGGACAAGCUAAAUGGGUCCACAAGUGGCAAGACCCAGCUGGCAGCCUGGAUCCUGAUCUGGUUUUAUAUCACUGCUAUCAUCUGUACGUGGGAUGCUACCUUUAUCAUGAUGAGACCAUACUCCCUUCCUGGUGGAUCACUGGCCUCUCUCUGGUAUUUAUACAAAUAUUAUGUAACAGUGGAUCAGCGCUACAUGGACACCAGCGAUGCUUUUGUGUUUGCCCAGAGUUUGCUAAACUAUGUAGAAGUCGUGUUCAACAUCAUUACCAUCUACAUGCACUACCGCAGCUCCCGACACACUCCGACCUUGGCCUUCACAGUCAGCGUGAUGACCAUGUGGAAAACAGUGCUGUAUUUUCUGAUGUUCUCUGAAUUAUGUACCGGAGGUCAAUACCGAACUGGCAACACAUUUCUGCAGGAGCUCUUUCUGGUCGUUAUUCCCAACAUCAUCUGGAUCGUGGUGCCUCUGUGCGUGAUGUACUCUCUGUGGAAACAGCUCACACCGGCUGAGACUCGACAGGCAGUUCCAGCACGUGGGCAAGGUUUCCAUGACAACUCACUAGUGGACAGUGGUUACAGUCUGAGAGGAAAACCAGCCAGUAAUGGCUCGGCCAAUGGAACAUCUGCCGUUAAAAGAAGUGUCAAAUAA